AUGAAACAAAUGAAAAGGAGGACUCCGAAAAGCCCCGGGGGGCCCCACCAGAAGCCCCGAGGGGGCCCCUUGACCAGCUCACAGACACCGGAGGAAGUCCUCUUCUUUACGCGGCUUCCAAAGGCACGCCACCUCGACAUAGUGAAGCUGCUGCUGGAGCACGGCGCCGACGUGAACCAAAAGGGAUAUGGAAAUCACACGGCGCUGUCCCGCGCUAUCUGCGCCGGGCGAAAAGCUGUCAUCAGUUUCUUGCUGACGGUGCCGGGAGUUGACCUCAACGUUAAGGAGACAGGCACGGGAGACAACUUGCUGCACCUCGCUGUGAAUUCAGGACUAGCAGAUGUCUACUGGCAAAUCGCGCAGGCAGCGCCGCAUCUCGAAGACGAAAAAAAUAAAGACGGAAUGACUCCAGUGGGGACGGCGCGAAUGGACUUCAUGAAAGAACUGGAGAAAGAAAUAAAGAAUUUGAAAACAGAAGAAGAAUAA